GCCUGGGUUCCCCCCGGAAGAUACAGAAACCUCUCAUCUCACACCUGACAAACUCACUGCAGCAAAUACAGGGCUGGCAGCCUUCCCAGAUCCUGGUGCGCUGUGACAUUGCUGCCUUGCAGGAGGUGCGGGAUGCAACGGGGAACGCUGUGCAGGCCCUGCUGUGGGAGCUGAACAGGUAUGACCCAUCCCACAGCUACGCCCAGCUGGGCAGCCGGAGACUCGGCCGUGGGACCUACAAAGAGCAGAUCGUCUUCGUGUAUCGCCAUCAGGGACUUUGUGCUGCUCUCGCAUCAUGCCAGCCCCCGGAACGCACCCCACGAGAUCCAUCAGCUCCACCGGGUCUGCCAGGAACUGAGCCAGCGCUGGGGAACCCAGAACGUGAUGGUGCUGGGGGACUUAAACGCAGGGGGGUCCUAUGUUCCCCCCAGCACUUGGGGGUCCAUCCAGCUGCGCUGGGAUCCCCGCUUCCACUGGCUGAUUGGGGAUGGUGUCGAUACCACAGUGCGAGCCCGGACCCACUGUGCCUAUGACAGGAUCGUGGUUCAGGGGGACGAGCUGCUCAGAGCCGUGGUGCCCGGCUCGGCCAAAGCGUACAACUUCGCCAGGAGCCUGGGGCUGUCAGAAGAGGAGGCCCUGCAGGUCAGCGACCAUUACCCCGUGGAGGUGAACCUGCGCCUGGCCAGCCGGACCCCACAGGAGCUGUGAGAGGACCUGCCUCCAGCCCCAUCCAGCGGGGGGCUCAAGCUGCCCCCCAGAAGCCCCCAAGCCGUAGCAUCAGAGUUCAGUUACUCAGCCUCCCCCCCA